CCUCCUUUGUUUGUGUGGAACGUUGAAAGGGGCUCCUCGCCUGUUCCCUCAGGUUUUGUUUUGCAUUCACUUUUGUUUCCCUUCCCCUUGUGGGCAACACCCUCUCACCUCUCGGUUAAGCGGCACUUUUGCCAACAAUUUAUUGCGUUUUUUCCGAUUCGCCCCUUCCACCAAUUGGCCUCUUCCACCGUUCCGCCGCCUUACCGCCCCGUGGCAGCCCAAAAUGGAAGCGGGGGAGGUGAAGAAAUACUCGUCCAAGUUCGACAUAAAGGGGAUUUGCAUGAGCAGCGAGAAUUGCGAAAAGGUGUGCAGGAUCUGCUUGAAGGCAAUUCGGGAAAACAAGCUGGAGAAGGACAUAGCUAGCCAAAUAAAAACCAAGUGUGAAAAUGACGAGUUGUUAAAUAAAGAGAGUUCAGAUGAGCAUACCAAAUGCCUCCGCAUGGUAGACAGUUUAAAAAAUGAGAACAUUGGGUCUUGGCAGUGCAUCGUCGGGAAGAACUUUGCCUUUUCUAUAAAUUACCAGUUUAACUGCAUGGUGCACUUCCAGCACAAAAUUACCAAGCUGGCCAUCUUGCUGUACAAGUCGGUGUGACGGGUUAGCGGGUUAGAGAGUUAGCGGUGUUCGCGGUGUUCGCGGUGUUAGCCGUGUUGGCGGUGUUUUUGUACCCCUAUGCAUACGCCCAUGCACUUGCACAUGCACAUGCAGGUGCUUUUCUCCGUUUCGCCCCGCAUGCACCAUUGCAGAGCAAAACGCGUUGGCGUUUCCGCUCAAGGGCGGAGAAAUCGCGCUCACUUUCCCCCACCCCCUGCACUCCACUUAGCAUUCGCAACUUUUACCUCCACGUUAUUCCCGCCUGGGUACACCCGGCUGAAGGCCCUCGACACUCACGCGCACGACAUGCAUACGAUU